CUUCAUUGCCCAUAAUGCACUACUGAAAGACGAAAAAAUAAGCGUCCAAGGUACAAAUAGUUCCUACUGACAGAAGCAGGUAAUAAGAAAGGAAUAAACGUAAAGCUGCAUGCCCACACUUACAUGACUGCUUUGUCUUCGAGUCGUCUUUCAUCAAAGAGGAGUUGGACGGUCCUUUUUUUCAGCGCUACGUCACAAACGUGUUUUCUUCAACAGUUAUUUUAUCAGCAUGGCUGAGCUGCAGAAAAAGGGAGAGCUGCUGCCUGAAGAUGUUGGUACAGACGACUGCCUGACUUCAUACACACACAUCUACAGUCCAGAUUUACUCAAAGAUCAGGUUGCAUUUAUCACAGGUGGCGGAUCUGGAAUUGGACUCAGGAUAGCUGAAAUCUUCAUGAGGCACGGCUGUGACACAGUGAUUGCCAGCAGGAACUUGGACAAGCUGAAAGAGGCGGCUAAAAAGCUGUCUGCUGUUUCAGGACGCCGCUGUCUCCCUUUGUGUUUAGACGUGAGGCAGCCUGAGAGCAUCGCAGCUGCUGUGGAUGAGACGCUGAAAGAGUUUGGCCGCAUAGACAUCCUUAUUAACAAUGCUGCUGGAAACUUCCUCUGCCCGGCUGCCGCGCUCUCCUUCAAUGCCUUCAAGACAGUUAUGGAGAUUGACACUAUGGGUACAUUCAACACCAGCAAAGUGGUUUAUGACAAGUGGUUCAAGGAUCAUGGUGGCAACAUUGUGAACAUCUCUGCAACACUUGGAUACAAAGGACAGGCCCUCCAGGUGCAUGCUGGGUCUGCCAAGGCUGCAAAUGAUGCCAUGACCAAGCACCUGGCUGUGGAAUGGGGGCCCAGUGGGGUGAGAGUCAAUGCUCUGGCCCCAGGUCCUAUCUCUGGCACAGAGGGCUACCGCAGACUAGGUGGUCCAAGAGGGGAGGCUGCUGGUGCCUUCCAGUCCAUUCCUUUGCAGCGUGCAGGCAAUAAGACAGAGAUGGCCCACUGCACUCUUUUCUUGGCCAGCCGGGCCUCCUCCUAUGUGACUGGAGCCAUCAUGGUGGCGGACGGCGGGGCGUGGCUGACCUCAGCUAAUGACGUCUCCCUGCUGUUGGGUAUAGCCUCUAAAUCCGCUAAACUCUGAACAGGAGCUCUCCUGUCCUCCUCCUGACACAGGUUAUUGGUCAUCUGAAAAGAAAAGAGACAAGUAAAUGCUGAAAAGAAUAAUUUCUGAGCCAUCUGUAGCACUGAUGCUACAUGCACAGUAUUUGUGCUGCCCAAUGUUUAAUACUACGUGUCUGGAAGAGUUGAAACACUAACACACUACACUUACUGUAGAAAAAAAACGUAUAUGUAUUUUAGUAAUGGAUUAAAUUAUAUAAGAAAUCAGGGAUUUUUCACCUCCUACGGUGCUGUUUUUUGUCAUCAUGCAUUUCAUGUGCAGUCAUUUUAUGUAAUUUUUCAGUACCAGUAUCUAUUAAUAAAAGUUUUAUAAUUACAGUUAA